AUGGUGAAGCAUUUGCAAGAAAAAUAUGGAAAUGCAUUUGUGAUUAUCACCAACCUACACGAACAAAUGGAGGUCUGCACAGCUAGGAGUACAGACUUAAAAGAGCAAUGCAAGCUAUUCGACCGGCUCUACUCCCUCCCGAAGCAAUUAGAAAGCAAAGGAGCGGACCUUAGCAGUCCAGGGCUAAUGUCGAAAAUCUUAGCUAAGUUCAGAGAUGACAUAAAAGAACGAGUUCUCGAGAAAAAAGUUGCACUCUUGAAUGAUCAAACUUGGAGCAUGAGGACACAAAUGGAAACCAUAGACAAAGUUCUGAAACAAGAAGAGGAAAUCGAACGUCACAUGUCAGGAACCUUCGAACACCAGAGUACCCCAAGAAAACUAGGACGUAAUUCACCAUCUACCAACCAUCCUAAGAAAAGAUCACCAUUUUGCUUCUAUUGUAAUUCACAAGAACAUUGGUCGGUCUCAUGUACAAAACUUAAACAUCCAAAAGAAAGGAUUGAAUACCUCAAACAAACGAAUAGGUGCCUUGGAUGUGGAUCAAGGAACCAUUCAUUUGCUGAAUGCAAAGAAAUAGGAUGCACACAUUGCGGAAAACGACACCAUACUUCAAUAUGCUUGAAAAACAAAGGAACCACUUCCUCUGCGACACAAGUCGAACAAAAUAAGAAUGAAAGAGUCAAAAAAUCAACACAGAACUUUACAUCAAGCACCACAAGGCCUUGUUCCGAGACCGAUCUUGACUCAAAAGACCCUACUAUAUUAGCUGUCGCGGAAAAUCCAAAGACCUUGAAGACCGAAGACACAUAUCUUCUCGCUGGAUCGGUUAAAACGAUGAAUCCGCAAACAAAACAGCUACGCCGUGUGCAGGUAUUACUCGAUACUGGAGCUGACCGUUCCUUCAUAGAUUCGAAACUUACACGCACACGAACUCCAACUUCCAAGACAAGGCACUUCAACAAUGAGGCUCAGCACAUUUGGAACGACAAAUCAAAGAGAAAUCACGUGCACAAUCACAUCCAUCGACAUAUGGGAUGA